AUCUACCAAUCCGAACAUUCCUCUGUACAGACGCCACUUCCACAAUCCAACGGCUCAGAUUGAAUCAACCAACAAAUAAUUGGUUGCCUUUCCAUUUGAAAAACAAACCUGUUUGCCAUCUCACACUUCCCCACCAACUGUCUACCUCUACUCAUCUGUACAAGCAAUAUUUUCUGGGUGGUACAAAAUUGCAGGUGUAGGUGUUUCAAUGCUUGUUUCGUUGUCGUAAAAAUCCAAUCUUGGAGGUUUUUUUCGGAUCUCCGGAUGUAGUUAGUUAGUUAGUUAGUUGCUUCAAGGUUGUCCUAAAGUCUCUUCCUUUUAAAAAUAUAGAUUUACAUGUCACUUUCAUCCUUUGCUUCUCCGACUAAUUUCUCGUUGAGAAGAAAGGAAACUACAAAUUGAACAAUUCAUAGAUUCUGUUUCUGUUAUUGUAGGAAAAAAGUUGUUGUUACUUAUAUGAAUAGAUAUGAUGGUGAAGGCGGACUCUCGGAGGGAUUCCUUAAUCAUAAACAAGGUUUUCGAAAGAGUUGGGGUGUACGGAUUCGGCAGCAUUCACAAAAGGUGCAAAUACGACGACGAUGAUGAUGAUGGACACAUGGAACUCGAGCAGAUUGGCGCCGAGAGGACCAAGAAUGUCCUCAUUCUCAUGAGCGACACCGGCGGCGGCCACCGCGCCUCCGCCGAGGCAAUCAGGGACGCCUUCCACCUCCAAUACGGCGAUCAAUACAGAGUAUAUGUAAAGGAUGUGUGGAAGGAGUAUACUGGUUGGCCAUUGAAUGAUAUGGAGGGGCAGUACAAGUUCAUGGUUAAACAUGUCCAGCUUUGGAGCUUCACCUUCCAUGGAACUUCCCCAAGAUGGAUACACUCCCCCUAUCUCGCAGCUAUUGCCGCCUUCUAUGCCAAGGAGGUAGAGGCAGGCCUAAUGGAGUACAAACCCGAUAUCAUCAUAAGCGUUCAUCCGCUCAUGCAGCACAUCCCGCUGUGGGUGCUCAAAUGGCAGGGCCUGCAGAAAAAGGUCGUCUUUGUAACUGUCAUUACCGACCUCAGCACCUGCCACCGUACAUGGUUUCAUCCAUCAGUGAACCGAUUGUACUGCCCCUCAGAGGCUGUAGCAAAGAGGGCGUUGCUAGAUGGCCUAGACGAAUCUCAAACUCGUGUAUACGGCUUACCCAUCCGCCCUUCCUUCUGCAGAGCAAUUCUGUCAAAGGAUGAUUUGAGAGUCGAGCUUGAGAUGGAUCCGCUUCUUCCAGCCGUCUUGUUGAUGGGAGGCGGAGAGGGGAUGGGCCCUGUGAAGAAAACGGCAAAGGCUCUUGGAGAGUCACUGUUUGAUAAAGAAUGCGAUAGGCCAAUAGGGCAGCUCGUAAUCAUCUGUGGCCGCAAUCAAGAUCUAGUCGCCACAUUACAGUCCUCCGAGUGGAAAAUCCCAGUAAAGGUUAGAGGAUUUGAGAAGCAGAUGCAGAAAUGGAUGGGUGCUUGUGACUGCAUUAUCACUAAAGCCGGACCAGGCACCAUUGCAGAGGCGUUGAUACGAGGCCUUCCCAUCGUUCUAAACGACUACAUUCCCGGACAAGAGAAAGGGAACGUUCCAUACGUAGUUGACAAUGGGGCUGGCGUGUUCACUAGGAAGCCCAAGGAUACAGCGAGGAUCGUGGCAGAAUGGUUCAGCACAAAGAGAGACGAGCUCGAGAGGAUGUCUGAGAACGCUCUGAGGCUCUCGCAGCCAAAUGCAGUGUUCGACAUCGUUAGGGACAUCCACGAGCUGGCUUGCCAGCGCGGCCCCAUGGCGAACGUCCCGUACAUGCUAGCGUCGUCGUUGUCAAGCUUAGUAUAAGUGUGCAAGGUGUGUCCAUUUAGGUGUAUUCUUUGACAACUAGAGUUGCUUCCCACUUUGUAGUACAAUUAAGAGAAGAAAGAAAGAAUGUUAGAUGGGGUUGAAAUUUUGGUUUGGUGUUGUAUUCUUUUUAGGUUAGUUUUGAUAUCUAGGAAAGGAUGAUUCAAUUUGUUAGAAGUUUUAGUCUUGGCUUCCCUUGGUGUGAAUGGUACUUUAUGUAAAUUGUAAAGUGAAGAAAUUUGGCAAA